AAAGAAUAGUUUCAAUUUUACAAUCACAGCUAACUUUUUACACCAUGAGUUUGGGAGAUAAAGUAGCAAUUGUCACGGGUGCCAGCUCUGGUAUCGGAGCAGCUACUGCCAUCAAAUUUGCUGAAGAAGGAGCUAAAGUAGCCUUAGUAGGCAGAAACCAGGAGAAACUGAACAAAGUCGCGAAGAAAUGCGGUAAUCCCUUAAUUAUUGCUGCUGACGUAUCUAAAGAUGAAGACGCCAAAAGAAUUAUUGAAGAAACCAUAAAACGUUUUGGAAAGAUUGAUAUUUUGGUAAACAAUGCUGGUAUAGGAGGUACUACUAAUAUACUGGAUGAAGGCGUUAUAAAAGUUUUUGAUCAAAUUAUGAAUACAAAUCUACGCUCAGCUGUUGUUUUGACGCACCUUGCUGCACAACAUCUAGUGAAAACAAGAGGUAACAUUGUGAAUAUAUCAAGCGUUGCUGCUUACAAAGUGGCUCCUGGUCUUGUUGGGUACAGUACAUCAAAGGCUGGACUAGAUCACUUCACUAGAGCUGUGGCACUUGAACUAGCUCCACACGGUGUUCGUGUCAAUGUAAUUAAUCCAGGACCCGUGAAAACAGAUAUCAUACAAAAUAUGGGAGCAACUAAGGAAGCGGCAGAAGCAGCUUUCAAUGAUAUGCUUAAAGCAACUGCACUUUUAAGAGUUUCAGAUUCUGAGGAGAUAGCCGACCUUAUUUUGUUUAUAGUCAGCGACAAAUCUAAGGCCAUUACUGGUUCAUCGAUUGUGUCUGACAAUGGAGUGAUGCUUAAAUUAUGAUUUGACUUGAUUCCUUUAGUUUUGUAAGUUAUAGUUUCAAAAGGCUGUAACCAUUAUUUUAAGUUUAGUUGUAAAUAACAAAUGUCAAGGAAUAGAAUUUCGAAUCUUUAGUGUAGCAGAAUUUUUAAACAGUUAAUUAAUCACAAUUUCUUUUUUACAAUUAUGUCGUAUUUUUUUCGUGCAAAUUUUUAAUAAAUAAGUUUUAAGUUUGUGAUCAAUUAUUUUUUAUUGACACCUGAGUCGAAAUGGUAUCUGUUGGUGACAAACAUUGUCUUUUCUGUGUUAUAUUUAAUUAGUAAUUUGAUUAAAAUAUAUGACUUCCUCAGAAUUGAACUUGUUUCAAAUGUA